AUAUCAAAUGAAACGGUAUGAAAUCGGUAUGGUACGGUGCGGUUAGAGUACGGUUUCAGUAUUUCGGUUUAAGAUGCCCACCCCUAAUAACAACUAUAACAUUUAAACAAAAUCCGAACUUAAUCAACCAUACCAUUUUAUCAACCAAAAAAAAUUCAUCAUACCCUAAAAUUAGUUAUGACCCAAGAAAAUUUCACAACUCAUCUUAUCUACCUCCUUAGAUUCUCCUUCCUCAUAUCAUUCAAUUUUAAUCCACCACCAUAAAAACAAAACGUAUAUACAUGUUAGACUAUUGACACACAGAAUGACAGAAAGCACAGAAUCCAUGGAAGAAUCCACUCAUGAAAUCACAAGCCCUUUCAUUUCUAAGGACAAGAAAGAUGAAGACUUUUAUGGCCAGCCCUCAUCUUCUCAACCAAAACUUCAAAACCCAGAAGAAGAAGAAAACUCACCAGUGGAACAGGUUGCUUUGACUGUACCAACCACAGACGAUCCCUCCCUCCCAGUCCUAACAUUUCGAAUGUGGGUUCUGGGUACCCUCUCCUGCGUCCUCCUCUCCUUCCUCAACCAGUUCUUCUGGUACAGAACAGAGCCUCUUUCGAUCACCGCCAUCUCUGCCCAGAUUGCUGUGGUGCCUCUGGGGCAGCUCAUGGCUUCCAAAAUCACAACCCAUGCCUUUUUCAAAGGCUCCCGCUGGGAGUUCACCUUGAACCCUGGACCCUUCAAUGUCAAAGAACAUGUCCUCAUCACCAUCUUUGCCAAUUCUGGAGCUGGCACUGUCUACGCCAUUCAUGUUGUUACUGUGGUUAAAGUUUUUUACAAGAAACACAUCACCUUCUUUGUGUCCCUGCUUGUUAUCUUAACAACUCAGGUGUUGGGGUUUGGUUGGGCUGGGAUUUUCAGGAGGUACUUGGUUGAGCCAGCUGCUAUGUGGUGGCCGGCAAACCUUGUCCAAGUUUCAUUGUUCAGGGCCCUCCAUGAGAAAGAAGCAAGGCCAAAGGGAGGAUUGACCAGAACACAGUUCUUCCUCAUUGCCUUCAUGUGCAGCUUUGCUUACUAUGUUUUCCCUGGCUACCUCUUUGAAAUGCUAACUUCCCUCUCUUGGAUAUGUUGGAUUUUCCCCAAUAAUGUCCUGGCCCAACAGCUUGGCUCAGGUCUUUAUGGGCUUGGAAUUGGAGCCAUUGGGCUUGACUGGUCAACCAUCUCCUCCUACCUUGGAAGCCCACUUGCAAGCCCAUGGUUUGCCACAGCCAAUGUUGCUGCUGGUUUUUUCUUUGUCAUGUACAUAUUGACUCCUCUUUGCUAUUGGCUUAAUGUCUACAAAGCCAAAACCUUCCCAAUUUUUUCAGACACAUUGUUCACAUCAGAUGGUCAAGAAUACAACAUAACAGCUAUCAUUGACUCCAAUUUCCACCUUGAUUCCGCCGCGUAUGAUCGAGAAGGUCCGCUUUACCUCAGCACAUUUUUUGCAAUAACUUACGGCGUUGGCUUUGCUGCACUCACUGCUACAAUUAUUCAUGUUGCUCUGUUUCAUGGAAGGGAAAUAUGGGAGCAAAGCAAAGCAAGUUUCAAAGAGAAGCAAAUGGACAUACACACAAGACUUAUGCAGAGGUACAAUCAAGUGCCCGAAUGGUGGUUUGUGGCCAUACUUUUGGUCAACAUUGCAGUUACUAUUUUUACCUGCCAAUACUACAAUGACCAGCUCCAGUUGCCUUGGUGGGGUGUUUUACUAGCUUGUGCUAUUGCCAUUUUCUUCACCCUCCCAAUUGGGAUCAUCACAGCCAUCACAAAUCAGACACCAGGCUUGAACAUCAUCACUGAGUAUAUAAUUGGGUACAUCUACCCAGGAUAUCCAGUUGCCAAUAUGUGCUUCAAGGUGUAUGGCUACAUAAGUAUGACACAAGCCAUCACAUUUUUGCAAGACUUCAAGCUUGGUCACUACAUGAAAAUCCCUCCUAGAACCAUGUUCAUGGCUCAGGUUGUGGGUACCCUGAUUGCUGGAAUUGUCUACUUGGGCACUGCUUGGUGGCUGAUGGAAACCAUCCCAGACAUAUGCGAGGACAAAUCAUCUGUGUGGACUUGCCCAAGUGACACAGUAUUCUAUGAUGCCUCAGUCAUAUGGGGCUUGAUUGGCCCUAGAAGAAUAUUUGGUAACUUGGGCACAUAUGAGGCAGUCAAUUGGUUCUUCUUGGGUGGGGCAGUUGCCCCCCUUGUUGUAUGGGCAGCUGCUAAGGCCUUCCCAAAACAAGAGUGGAUCAGGCUCAUCAACAUGCCCGUCCUAAUUGGUUCCACAGGGAAUAUGCCACCUGCAACUGCAGUCAACUACACUUCUUGGAUCAUUUUGGGUUUUCUGUCUGGUUUUGUUGUGUAUAGGUACAGGCCAGAUUGGUGGAGGAGGCACAAUUAUGUGCUCUCUGGGGCACUUGAUGCUGGCCUUGCCUUCAUGGGGGUGCUUCUGUAUUUUAGCUUGGGGUUGGAGGACAUUAGCCUUAGCUGGUGGGGAAAUGACCUUGAUGGGUGCCCCUUGGCUACUUGCCCUACGGCUAAAGGGGUGAUUGUUGAAGGCUGCCCUGUUUACACUUGAAGAAAUUGUAUAUAGUUUUAUUUUUUUUCAUUCUUAAAGAAUUGCACUAGUUGGAUAGAAAAUAGGAUGAUUUCUUUCCAAUCAACUGUUGUUUUCUUGGUUUGUAAUGGGGAAAGCAACGGAUUUCAUUUGUAAUUUGUGCAUGGGCAGUAUUCAUGCUUGAAUUUGGUCCAACAAAAUGUUAGAGAAGUUUCACAAAAACAAAAAAAAAUGUUGGAGAAUCCUACGAGAUUGAAAGAUGCUACAGAAAUCAUACUGGUGUGAUAUAGUAAGUUAUCUUUUGGUAUUUA